AUGCGACCAGCGACGCAGCAGGAAGAGGCGUUUCUGGAGAUGGAGGAGGAAAUUGAGGCCAUCGAGAUCAUGAAUCUCGCAAACGAUCCACCGCCGAUAGAAGUUACCGAAGAAGUAGAGACAUUUAACCAGGAGGAAGAGUUGAGAAAGUGGAAUGAAGCUCAGCUUCAGGACCGCCUGUGCAUGGAGGCGGAGGAGCAUUUCGGGUUUGAGGAGGUGGCAGCGAGGCGGGCUCUGGAGGAGCUGUACCGGCCAUAUGAGAAAAACCUUGACUAUAUGCGCACCGUGCAGAACGGCGCCUUCCUGCUGGUGGACGAGCAGCGUGCGGAGCGGGCAAGCUACCGGGAGCUGGUGGUGCUGCGGCAUGCGACUGAGCGGCUGCUACGUGUGGUGGACACGUCCAUGCACUCCGUCAUCCAGAGAGAGCGGCAUGCAGCGCGCAGAGAGCUAGCAGCAGCACAGAGGGCGAGGCAGGAGGCGGAGGUGAGGCAGCAGCGGUGUAGGCGGCUGGAGAGGGAGCUUGGCGAGGAGAGGAGCCAGCAUGCUGCCGUUGCCGCUCUGCUGGAAGCGGAGAGGGAUCGCAGCACUUGCCGCAUCUGCUACACCAAGGAACGGAACGUGCUCGUUCUCCCAUGCAGUAAGUUACUGGCACUCAUCCCAAUUUGCAUGCUCGUCCGCGUCUUCUGCUCGUUGCCUUAUGGGCGACAAUUAUUUGUCUGUUCCUCUCUCCCCCUGAACCCCCACUCUUUUCCCACUCACCCCGACCUUGCCCCCCCUGUCUCAAAAUCCCCCUGCCGAUCCCCUAACGCUCCAGUGCACUUCCAGUUUUGUGGUGACUGCAUGGCACAGCAUCGUCAGCAGAAUAACAGCUGCCCACUCUGCCGCUCCCCUCUCAGCGGCCUGCUGCACUGCCAGCUGCAGCGUUGA